ACAGACUAGCAGAGGCUGGUCCAAGAUCAGAAAUGAAGAGUCACGUUUACCCUAGCAAAAGGCCCUGAACUAUUUAGCACAUUGACUUUCACUAGAGGCCCGAUGCCGUCUCUUGAUUGACACCUCCUCUUCUCGGCCUGUAUAUAAGCGGAUCUGCUCGCGGAGCUUGACGGGGUUUGAUCGCGCCUCCGGCCGGGCCACAGAGCGCCUUCACUGCCUCCAUCUUCUCAUCACUUCUCCUUUACACCACACAGACAUGGCGCCUUUUGAGAGAUCCAUGGAAGUGACGCCCUUCAAGCAAAGGAAGUGCUUAGCAACAAGAAAAGAUGAAGUCUGCACAAUUCGCUCCAAGUUCCCCAACAAAUUACCAAUCAUCGUUGAACGUUGCAUUCGGGAGAGGCGACUUCCUCUAUUGGACAAAACAAAAUUCUUGGUCCCUCAUGAGCUCACAAUUGGUCAGUUUCUGUGUCUGCUCAGGAGUAAGAUAGCACUGGAAACAUCCCAGGCCCUGUAUCUACUGAUCUCAGGAAAAAACAUAUGCUCCAUGACAGCCAGCAUGGGGGAAGUAUACUCUCAGCACAGAGACCCAGAUGGCUUCCUCUACAUGACCUAUGCCUCCCAGGAUAUGUUUGGCUGAGAAGACCAUUUCUCCCUUCAUAGGGACCACUGAAUUCUUCAUGACCUCCGUUACUGACUGACCAAGCUAUCCUACAGUGCAGUCACUUUUUUUCCACUGCUGCUGCUGGAGACUAUCACUGUGCCUGAGACUUCCUGAACAUGUGGCCAAAAAAAUCUCUUCUGACCUCAAAAUUUCUUUCUUUUUUUUUUUUAAAAUUCAUGUGAGAUUCAUGGUGAGAUAUAGAAACCAAUGAUAUGUACCCUGUGAGAUGUUCACAUCAACUUAUAAUGGUACAAAAUGUCACGACACUUAUCUUGGACACACAGCUGUUUUGUCCUGAUGAUUGCAGAGACACCAUGAAACAAUAUCCUGAGGUUCUGUAUGCUUCAGAUAGCACAGUCACAGGAAGUGAGAGAGGAAGACGGGUGAAAACUGCAUGUCGGUUCUCUUCUCUGUUGUCUUGUGUGUUUUCACGAUUCUCCUGGAAACCAAGAUGGAAUUGAAAUGCUUGAGACAUUCAGUGCACAAAUUCUAGAAAAAUGUUUACAGUGUACUUUACCUGUGUAUCUCAAAUGUUAUUGGGAAUGCUACAAAUAAAUAAUUUUUGCCCUUUUCAGUAAA